AUGUCAUCAAAAAGCAUUUUUGACUGUUUUGAAAUUAUGCAUCAGCACUCAUUACAAAGGAGAAGGGCAGGUGAAGAUUUCAUACAGCUGCUAAGAGAACGAGCCAUGCAUGAAGAAUUCUAUGCGAAAGGACUGGAAAGGAUUGGAAAUCACUCAUAUUUCUUGAUAAAUCAUGGGAGUUUAUCAGAUGUUCUUAGUGCUAUUAAAUUAGAAAGCCUAGAAAGGGCAAAGCAGGCCAAAAUAUUUGCGGAAAAUAUAAGAAAGCAAAUAGCAGAUCCAUACGGAGAAUUACUAAAAAUCCAAGCCCUUAAUAUAAAAAAGACACAUGCUGAAGGGCAGAUUUUGGAAAAGGAAAAAGAAAAUUUAAUUGAGAGGAACGAAACAACAAAAGAAAGAUACGCCAAAGCCUGCAGCGAUUAUGAGCAGCUUACUUUACAAAUGGAGCAGCAAAGAAGCCAAGGUAAAGUAUGCUUUUCUAUUUAUUUAGAAAAAAAAAUGAAUAUUUUUAAAAAAAAAAUAAUUCACUUAAUAAUAAAAUAUAGAAAAAAUCGUACAAAAACUUGUGAUUUGUAAGAGAGAAGUGGAUUCAAAUUUAAAAAAUUAUUUAGAAAGUGUCGAAAGCUUAAACAGAUAUUACGACCAAUACACCGAAAACGUCAAAACUUUAAUCGAAAUCUAUAGAAGCCAUGAAAGGCAGCGUCUUGAAACCAAAAAAGAGCUGGUCUACAAGCUCCUCAAUUACGAAUUAAUUUACAACCAAACCAGCUUUACUGAGCUGGACUCAAUAAAAACCACAAUGGAUAAAGUGGACAUGCAGAUCGAUUUAAGCAAAAUUUUCCACUUUGACUUAAACUAUACAAAAGAAAGCGUAGAUUUUGAGCCUUAUGAAGGACAGCACCAUGCUUUUAAAAAUCUUGGUACAAAUCCUCCAUUAAUAGAUUUACCUGCUUUUGAGGAAGGCUAUGACGAACAAGCGACACAAAAUGCGAUUGAGGAGAUGCUGAGAGGAGAAAUGGACUCUAUAAUUCAAAAAGCAUGGCAAGGAGAUGUGUUAACGUCAGAGGACUAUAAUCAUUUCAAUAACAUUAUAAAAGACUCUUUUGGGAGAAAACUGUGGUCUUACUGUCUGAAUCAAAGAAGAAAUAAUGGGAUUUUUGCAAUUGCAGAAGGAGGGUUUAACCAGAUUGGGUUGCUAUUGAGAUCAGUUCUAAAUGAGGUAAAGGAUAUUUAGUGUGACCGUUUUCAGGAUAGCCAGAUUGGAAAAAGCUGCAUUAUUUUAUCACAGACUUUUUACAAGGAAUGUGAUAACCCAGAUUCCAACAAGCAAUAUUUACAAAACUUUAUAUUAGACCACAAAAUCUGGUCCAACCUUGAAUUUUGAAAUAAAGUUAUACAAACCUCAAUUGACGAAGAAGUCAAAAACCAAGAAGAACUGGAAGCUACAAAAAUGGAAAAUGCUGAAGAUACCCAGCAGAGAAUAAAAAAUAUUGUGUUUUGCCAAUUAGUUUCUUAUGGGCAUAUAAUGGUCAAUUUUAAAGUUGACGUUGACUAUGCAGCUCAACUAGUAUUAAGAUACGCAAGCCACUAUAAGCUUUCAAGUGAAAUCAUUGAUCAAUUGAUGGUAAAAAACACAUAGGUCACGCUUGAUAUAAAUUUCGAUACCGAAAAAGAGGAAACUGAAAAAUUAAAAGUUCCUUUAUGGCUUGAUGAAAUUCAGAUGUCAAGGACUUCUUCACGAGUAAGUGAUUCUCAGUAUGGAGAUAGUGAAGUAGGAGACACAUUGACUAGUGAAGAAUUUAAUUCGCCGAGGUCUGCUGGAGUCGCAACUCCAAAUGUCAUCGUUGAAAACUGUGAUCUUUCAAGUCCUAUCAGAGAUUUUGAAUUAAAAUAG